AUGGACAACAUCGGCGAAGAAUAUGAGCGGCUCGUUGAACACCUUCACGACUGCGCGAACAAGGCUGAGAGUUCUAAAACCACCAAGAGACGCUUGUCUCUUGAAACUCUUGAGCUGAUACGCCAACGUGGAGCAGCACGAGCUGCAGGGAACCAAGAACUCACGUCCGAGCUCGCAAGGCUUUUGCGGAGAGAGGCGGGGAAAAGCAUCCGCUAUGCGCGCCGAGACUUCGCCAGUCGCAAGACGAGGAUGACUGCUCUCCGGAACCCGAAGGGAACAACCAUUGCAUUGAGAAGGGUGAUGGAGAAAAUCAUCUACGACUUCUACUCUGAUCUCUUCGACAGCCUUGUCCACUUGCCUCCUCACCAUCUGAGGGAAGAUGGACAUGUCAUUCCAGAGGUUGUUCCGUCCGAAAUACGACAUGUUAUCAGUUCGGCUCUUUACAAGAGGACCUUAAUUGAUUUGGAUUGCAAAUGCAAGGUUCGCAAGGUUACUCAUCGAAGUAUCACGAUGAGGUAUCAGAGAGACAUGCCGCUCUGUCUCACCUUCAUCGACUUAAAGAAGGCCUUCGACUCAGUUGAGACGGAAGCGGUCGUAGAAGCCUUGGACAACCAAGGCUUCCCCACUCAGUACAUAAAGGUACUUCGAGAGUUGUACAGUAACUUCACUACCGGAAUUUCGUCAUUCUACAAGAAUAUCAUCAUUGACGUGAAGAGGGGGGUCCGACAGGGUGAUAUAAUCUCACCCAAAAUAUUCACAGUCACCCUCGAGAACGCAAUGCGAAAGUUGGAAUGGGACGACAUGGGAGUGAAGAUUGGUGGUCGGCAGCUACACCAUUUGCGCUUCGCUGAUGACAUCGUACUGAUAACACCCAGCAUCAGCCAAGCGGAACGAAUACUGACCGAAUUCGACGAAACAUGUGGAUGCAUCGGUCUUCAGCUGAACCUACAAAAGACGAUGUUCAUGCGCAACGGAUGGAUCUCGGAUGCUCCAUUCACGCUCAACGGAACGAACAUAUCCGAAUGCACCUACUACGUUUAUCUGGGUCGGGAAUUGAACAUGAUGACCCCGAGCUGGGCAGGAGGAGACGAGCGGCUUGGGGAGCGUAUAAGAGCAUCGAGGAUGUAG